AUGUCGAAUCCCUCUGGUUAUAGCCACCAAUCAAUUCCGGCGAAUGCUCCAUCUGAGCACUCGUUUUCACUAGAACGCCACGGCCGAAAGUGGGCAUUCCUCUACGUCAAAAGUCGGUCAAUAACCUCUUCUGCGCCUGUCUUCCAUGAUAAUGCGACAAUUUCUGGUCGAGUUGAAGUAGAUUUGGCUAAACCUGAGACUUUCAAGGGGAUAUCCAUCGCGAUCCACGCGGGAACUACGGCGGUCGGUCAAGAAGAAGCUGUUUUCUUGCAACUAAGUCAGGAUUUGUGGUCUCCACCUAACAAAUCAUCAACUCAGUUGAACGGAAAACAUUCAUGGCCGUUCGAACUCACAUUGCCAUCCCAAGUCUCCGUAACUGAGUCGAAAACAAACGUGGGGACAUACUUUCUACCUCCCAAUUUUUCCGAGCGAGCAAGUCCUGUCUAUAUCGACUAUAAAUUCGUUGUGACAUUUCGGAGGGGUAGGUUUAGGCCUGAUCAAACGCUUUCGCCAUACUUCGCUUACGUUCCUCUGCGUUUUCCCCAGCCGCCUUCGCCACUUCGACAGCUGGCCUUUAGAGAAGGUUCGCCGCUACCAGGUCCAAAUGUUGAUCCCGAAGGUUGGCAGACUUCAAAACCGAUCAAACUAUCUGGAGUUUUAUUUAACACCAAAAGGAUCGAAGCAGAAUGUACACUCUCCGUUGCAAAACCGCUCAGCUACGCAGUUCGAUCACCGAUCCCACUUGUGAUAAAAUUCGAAUGCAACGAUAGACAAGCACUCGACCUUCUGGCCAAUCCAAAGGCAACGCGACUAUUUCUUGUCCGAUCGAUUGCGACAGGCGCCAACGCUACCGAUGAAGGUACUCCAAAGCGCAGCAAUAAUUUGUUUCUAGAGGGCGUAGGGAAGGCGGUUUUUUGGCCCUCAUCGAUUUCAGGUUCAACUGAAGGAACGAGGUCUCUGCAAGGAGAACUAAAUCUCAAAUCUUCGUUGAAACCUACUUUCGUAUUCCCAAGACUUAGCAUUGGUUACUCAUUGGAUCUGCUUCCAUUUGAACCGCCAGGUUUCAGUCCGUCGAACAAGGAAGGGACUAUAUUAUUGUCCCAAAGGAUAGAAAUUGUCACCAGGCCAGCGCCUGGGGUAAUAACGCGGUCUUAUGCACCGCCAGGCUACGAGGGUCCCGAUGGCGGAGACUAUAACAGAGCGAUUGCAUUCUUGGAGAAUGGUAAUCAGCGCUUUUACCGCCACCAUGGGCUUUGACGUACCAUCAUGACCAUUCAUACAUGUCAGAAGAGUUUUCUUCUAAGAUCGUCCACGGCCAUCAACAAUAAUGACUCGAAAUAUUCGUCCCCCUUCGGAGUAUCGGUUCCUAGUGCUCCUACUCCGGCUAAAAGAUCGUGAUCGUUUACGGGUAUUUGUCAAGUAAAUGAGUUGUGUCGUCGUCGGGCGACAAAGAUGAAGCUUGUCUCUUCAAAGGAAGAACCGAGACGCUGCCAGGACUGAUCAUACUGCUCCGAGUCGGGUAGUGUCAGCCGUGAGAGUGUAUGGGCUGGUAAGAAAAGUAUAAACCAAAUGGCGUAACAG